CCGGAAGCUACCCCGCAACCCACUACGACACAAGUAAAAACGGACCAUAUAGAGCGCUCUCCAUAAUGCAAUUGAACAUAUUCUUCUCUUACUCUUGAUUGCCCACUGAAUUCACAAGCAUGUCAGUCCAGAAAGUUGCCCUGAUCACAGCCAGCUCGGCUGGUCUAGGAGCCCAGGUAGCUCGUGUACUUGCACCAGAUUUCCGCAUUGUCAUAAACUAUGCCACCAAUGCCUCGCGCGCCUCAGAACUCGUGGACGAGCUUUCCACGAUUCCAAGCACGCAUUCAAAUCCGUCCACACCACGCUUCCACAUACUCCAAGCCGAUGUUUCAUCAAGAUCAUCUGUUGAGGCUCUUGUGAAAGACGCAGUCAAGACCAUGGGACGCCUCGAUGUUGUCGUUUCUAACGCAGGCUGGACACGCAUGACAAACUUCCUCAACAUCGAUGAGGCCGUCGUGGACGAGGAUUGGGAUCUUUGCUUCACUAUGAAUAUCAAGACGCAUCUUUGGCUUGCGUACGCCGCAAAAGACGCUCUAGCCGAAUCGGAAGGAACAUUCAUCACUACAGCUAGUGUCGCGGGCGUGAAGCCGUCGGGCUCAUCUUUAGCGUACAGCGUAACCAAGGCAGGACAGAUACAUCUCGCCAAGGGGCUUGCGGUGAUUUUGGCGCCCAAGAUCAGAGUCAACAGCGUGAGUCCUGGAAUGAUGUUGACGGAAUGGGGGUUGAAAUUUCCGGCUGCAAAAAGGGAAAAGGCGGUUGAAAAUACAAAGCUGAAGAGACUCGCCACUGUGGAGGAUGUUGCAGAUCAAAUCAGGACGCUGGCGCUGAGUCGGAGUAUGACGGGACAGAAUUUGUGUAUUGACGGAGGGUCAUCGAUUUGAGCGUGUUUAGAGUAGCUCAACACACCCACCAUGCGGCCUAUUCUCCAUUGUAUCUUACAUCCGGAUUGCAAUAGAAAACAUUGUGAGUGAAAAUCAUUACCACUAGAUUUAUGCUCACAACCAUUCUUACAGAACGUCAGUGGUAAUUCAAGAGCUGUUGGACUGUAGAGAGGUGUUCGCAUGCGUUGUUGGCACGAAGUUGUGAUACUUUG